AUGGCGGUUGAUCAUGAUCGUGACCCACGACGUCGGCCCCGACCUCUGGGCCUCGCCGUGCGCUACGCCGACCAGGUCUACAACGUCCUCCGUCUCCAGGCCAAGAUGCCGUACAAGCCCCUCGAAAACGGCUUCAUCAAGAGCAUUGCCGACACUGAAGACGUAGUCAUGCAAGACAAUGCGGCCGAUGGCAGCGACCACAUUUGUUCAAUCCGCGCCACCCAGAUUGAUCUAGUUCAUUCCGUUGCAGAAGCCAAGUUGUUUGAUCGGAGCCAACCAAUGCAUCGCAACCAACUUGUUCGCCACCUCAAUUGA